GGAGAGAGAAAAUACGGAUGGAAAUGAAAAACAGGAUACAUGGCGACUGAGACGCCUCAAAAAUCUAUUUAUAGGCUUUUUCUCAUCUAACAUUAUUUUUUCUAAACCUCUGCUAAACAUUUCAAUUCUAGGUAAUGCUAAUAAAUUAACUGGCUAUAUUCCAUCCCAACUUGUGCAUUUUAAUAUUUCCUUUCCCCCCAAUAACUCUGUAGCCAUGUCCGUGGUGUGUUUGUAAAUAUUUCCAGGAUGUCUCAUCACCCACCCAGGCUCAUGUGACUGGGCUACAUGUGACUGGGAUUCAGCUUUACAGUGCUCCACUCCUCCCUCUGUUCCUCCUCCUCCUCCUCCUCAAACCCCCCUCUCCUCUCCUCUCCCUUCCCUUACCACUCCUCUCCUUCAUUCUGUCAGUGUUUAGCCUGUGGUUCCCUGAACCACGGUGGAUCCUGGGAGAGCCUUCCCGCCUGCCGCCGCCGCCGCCUCCGCCUCCUCCUCCUCCUUCACCUCUCUUUCCACUCCUUGCCUCGUCGCCUCCACCUUCUUCCUCCGCUCCCUUUCCUGGCCAUGCUUUUGGGAGUGACUGAGAGUUCCCUCAGCGAGACUUGAGCGUCACUCGAGGUGACCCAGAAAUGAUAACUCCAGAUGAACCCUGGAUGUGUGGUAAUCUAACCGCCAUGCCCUACAGCAGAGAGGAGCCGGGGAGCCAGGCAGGCUGGGCAUCCCGGUCGGUGCUGCAUCUGCGGUUCCACUGUUGUACCAAGCUCGCUGCAGAGCUGGGUAUCACGCUUGGGGAGCGCUGUGUGCACAGUGCGCGUCAUGGUACACAGUGAAAUGGAUCUCAGUGCUCGUUGCAUUAUUGAUGAGAUACAUUGUGAUGUCAACCCAGGCGGAAGGAGCCGAGCAAAAUGACUGUUAGCAGUAUGGCACACGAUCAUUUAUGCAAGCAGUACAGGGGAGUAAUUAAUCGUCACCCUGUGCUCCCAGCCCCAUGUGCUCACUCACACACGAUCCUGCUCGCUUGUCAGUUGAAACCGGUUCACCUAAAUGUCAGUGUGAAUGGGUUUGGGACGUCCUGCCUCGUGGACGACCUCCCUUUGUAAUGUUCACUGUAAAUACAGAUGGACGAGCGUGCCCUUUAAACUGUUUUACAUUGUUUUAUCAAUUUUAUUAUUAUUCAAUAACUUGAUUUUAAUGAUCCAGCAGUGCACAAUAAAAAAAAAUGCAGCAUCAUUACCAUGACAUCUUCAAUUAUCUUUGCAAUUUUGUAAAAGUUAAACUUUAAAUUAAAUAGUCUUGUUAGCGGUCACAAAUCAAACCGUCUUCAAAACAUAAACCCUAAUUAUUUAAACUAAAAUCUUGACAUUAUUAAACAGUGGUGGAUGUUUCAGCAUAUGACAUGAGGUCUAAUGUGUGUAGAAUAGUUCCUGGCUGAAUACACUCAACACUGACUGUGUACUGAUUGUAUAUAUACACACUGAAUGUGAAUAUGAAUAUGAAGUUUGUCACCUCAAUUCACCAGGUAGAGUUCAAGGGAAAUGAACUGUGAAUUAACUUAUUUCAAUAUUCAGUUGUGGGGAAAAAAACAAAGUCAAAUGGGCCAGAGGCUGAUCAUUAUACUAAUAAUUACCUGUGAAUUAUUUAUUUUUAAAUCUGUACCGUUUUGAUGAUUUAUUGUUCGUUUAUCAUUUUAAAAACAAAGUAUGAUCUUAAGUAAACAACUGCACAUCUGUUUGGUUUUGGGGUUUUCUACCACUGGAGCCAAGUCCACGUGACCAAAAUGCUUAAAAUUCAGAUAUUAAUGAGCUUUUUUUUUCCAUUUCGAUUUGAUGUUGAUUAUUCAAUACCAAAUCUUUUUGUUUCUCUCCCACAGGCACGUGUUGUUCUUGUUGUCUUGCGUCAUGUCUCUGUCGGACUGAUUGAUCCGGCUUGACUGUACAGACCUUUCCAAUCGCUCGUUCACACGAACCUCUGCUCUGCAGCCAGUGGAAUCGGGGCUGCGAUCGUUUGACGUGAGAUGACACAGUUUGUGAUUAUAAUUUUUUCAAGAGCUAUAUAAACUUAAGCUCGCCAUGUCAUUUUUUUUAUUGGAAAAUGCGGUUUAUUCGUCUUUCUGGGGCUGAAAUAAAACUUUGGGAAAUUGAAUUACUGCAUGAGUUGUAAUGGCACAAAUCGGUGCGUAAAGGGGAAAAAAAAAAACUGACAUUACUGGAUCUUUAAUAUAUACACAACUAUAGUUACCAUUUGCCGACCACCGACUCCAGCUCUUGCAGAUUAAUUCCCAUUUAAUUUACGAGUAUAUACAUCACAGAUUAUAACCUACAUGGCUCGUGGCUCUGCCCGUUUUCUGAGUGUGUGUGUGUGUGUGUGCCGAGGGCCAACUGCAUACGAGGAGAGGAAUAUUUAAAUGCCCUGUGUUUUUUAAUUGACGCUCGAGCAAGAAGUGUGUAGGCUCAGAAACGAGGAACAGCCCCCAUCUACCGGCAGCGGCUCCUCUCGUCUCCUCUGCGCACUGCGCGCACAGUCCGGAGCUGCUCAGCCUGCGCGCUGCACCGGGGAUCUGGAUCUCACACCGGCGGAGCCUGCAGGGCGAGUGCUCAUACUGUAACCCCCCUCCUCCCUCCCUCCCCACCACCUCGACACCACCGGCACUGUCGCAUCAUUUGGACUAUAUUGGUUUUUUCUUCUUCUUCUUCUUCUUCUGCUGCUGCUGCUGCUCUGGAGGAGAGACAUUCGCUGGAGGAAGAAGUGAGGGGGGAAAAGCUGGUGCAACACACACCACCACCACCACCACCACCACUCCUCCUCCUCCUCCCGUCCCACCCAUGCUGUAGUUUCUUCAGUUUUUCUUUUUUUUUUUUUUUUUGUUCCUUCUUCUUCUUCUUCUUCUUCUUCCAGUUGCCUUCUGCACUGUGGGCGAGGAGGUGAUCUGAAUCUCCGGGGGUUGUGAGUGUGUGUGAGUGUGUGUGUGUGUGUGAGUGUGUGUGUGUGUGUGUGUGUGUGGGAGAGAGUCCACUCGGAUGCGCUGAGAGCGCGCGGGGCGCAGCGCUGACGGUGACGGUAUAUGGAAGUUGUGCGCUGCAAGACAGAGGCAGCCAGUUGCACGUUGCGUCCGGGACCGGGAGCCAUGCUUUUCCACGGGAUCUCCGGGGAUCACAUCCAAGGGAUCAUGGAGGAGAUGGAGAGACGGUCGAAAACGGAGUCGCGCCUGGCGAAGGGCAUGCAGAUCAACGGGAGGGAGUCGACCAUGCCCUCGAUGAGCCCGGAGAAGCCCGCCCUGUGCGCCGGCUGCGGCGGCAAGAUCUCGGACAGAUACUACCUCCUGGCCGUGGACAAGCAGUGGCACCUGCGGUGCCUCAAGUGCUGUGAAUGUAAACUCGCGCUGGAGUCGGAACUAACGUGUUUUGCCAAGGAUGGGAGUAUCUAUUGCAAAGAGGAUUACUACAGAAGGUUCUCCGUGCAGAGGUGCGCGCGCUGCCACCUCGGGAUCUCGGCCUCGGAGAUGGUGAUGCGGGCGCGCGACUCCGUGUACCACCUGAGCUGCUUCACGUGCACCACGUGCAACAAGACGCUGACCACGGGCGACCACUUCGGCAUGAAGGACAGCCUGGUGUACUGCCGGCUCCACUUCGAGACGCUGGUGCAGGGCCCGGAGUACCACCCCCAGCUCAACUUCGCCGAGCUGGCGGCCAAGGGCGGCGGCCUCGCCCUGCCCUACUUCAACGGCACCGGCACGGCGCAGAAGGGGAGGCCGCGCAAGAGGAAGAGCCCGGCCAUGGGGAUCGAUAUACCGAGCUACAACACAGGCUGCAACGAGAACGACACCGACCACUUGGACCGGGACCAGCAGUCCUAUCCACAGACGCAGAAGACCAAGCGCAUGCGGACCUCCUUCAAGCACCAUCAGCUGCGGACAAUGAAAUCCUACUUUGCCAUCAACCACAACCCGGAUGCCAAGGACUUAAAGCAGCUGGCCCAGAAGACGGGCCUCACUAAGAGAGUUCUACAGGUCUGGUUCCAAAACGCAAGAGCCAAAUUCAGAAGGAACGUUUUGCGACAGGAGAAUGGAGGUGUUGAUAAGGCUGAUGGCACCUCACUCCCUCCACCCUCAUCCGACAGUGGGGCCCUGACCCCCCCCUCCAGCGCGGCCACACUAACAGACCUGACAAACCCCUCUAUCACUGUAGUGACCUCCGUCACCUCUAGUUUGGACAGCCAUGAUUCGGGGAGCCCUUCACAAACUACCUUGACAAACCUUUUCUAACAAUCUAUCUCGAGAAGACUGACUUUUUUUUUUUUCUUUUUUUUUUCUUCCUUCAAUUCUAUCUGAUUUUUUUUUUUCUUUUUCGAUUUUUUGAUUUGAUUUGAUUUUUCUCUCCUCAAUUGACAUUUGGUUUUUUUAAAUGUCACCUUUAAAGACGGCUCCUUGGAACAGAAAGUGCUGUACCGUGUACACAAACAGGAACAACAAGAGCAAGGACAGCGGCGGCCACAUUAAAACACAAGGGAACCAUUUUUUUAAUGUGUAGCAUCUGAAAGCGCAUUGGCAGCCGUGUCUGUAGUUGACUUCCAUCAUGCAGAAAUUGAUUUUGGACAUUUUGAAGUUGAAAGGCAUCAGAAAAUUGUCGUGUUUCACAGUUUAUUGGAGGAAAAAAAAAAAAAAACUAAACUUGAAGCUUGUCUGGAAAAAACAAUAGUUUUACAUGAUUUGACUUGAUUUGUGCAUUUGUCUUGAAUUAUGAUUUAAAAAAUGAGCCCUUUCUAAUUUAUGGUUAAUUGGUAAAUCUUGAAAUACUAUGAAUAUUUUUGCCCUCAGAAACCUGUAUAUGUAUGCACUGUGUUCGCACUAUCCAAUUUAAAAACAUUUUUUUUUUUUGUUGUUUUCUGUUUUGGAAUAAUUUGGGAAAUAAACUUUGUAGAAUGUUCUGUAUAUGGGUAACUCCAGAUAAAACAGGCUUUAAUUCUUUCCGAAUGUUUCGGUCUUUAUGACUUGGAGUUGGAUGGAACCAGACAUUGGGAUAUCUCACAGAGCCACGUGUAGGACGCCUAAAUUGCAUCGUAAGCACCGAAACCGAACCCUCGCAGCUUCUAUGUGGCAGGUAGAUGCCCAAAGCGCACGCACAGACGUCUGUCUCGAUUCACAAACUCUACUGUGACGAAGAGAAACGAAAAGAAAAACAAACGAGGCUUAUCCCACAAUCUGUACAGUGGUAACUGUCCAACACGUAAUGCAGUCAGUCCCAUUGAUAGAAACAGAUAACAGAUAAUUAGAAAAACAUUCGCAAUCGGAGAGCAGUAAACAGACGCCGUUGUAAUCGACUGUUUUCACGACAGAGCACUUUCUCCGAUUUGUUCGGCUCCGCAGAUCAACCGCAGUCAAAUUUACGGAUCCCAUAGCGUUUCAUAUCCACGGCUAAACUGAGUUGCACAGUGACAAUAGACUGCCCAGUGACAAGUGCAUUAUUGUUUUUAUCAUGUUGCUCAGGGUAACAGUGUGAUUUGGAGUAAAAAAAAGAAAAGAAGAAAAAAAGAAGGAGAGAGCGGGGGGGGCGGAAAUUGAGCGGUCGCGACGUUGCAGACUAGAUUUGUCGAUUCGACAUCAACAUUCAAACGACCUCAGAUGGGUGGAGUCGUGAGAGGCAGCCAGCGGGAAAUCAUUGUCCGUGUGUUCGCCAUAUUUAUACUUUCUUUAACGACACUUGCCACUGAACAGACCAAAAACAUGUUUCUUCUGGCUGCAAGACAGAGAGGGGAAAGGAAGGAAGGAAGAAAGAAAGAAAGAAAGAAAGAAAGAAAGAAAGAAAGAGCAAAUCUUCAACGGAGUUGACACAUGUCAUUGUGAGCGUCGCAGUUUGUUCUACCGUAGAACAAAGUGGUUCUCUAGAUCUACUCGGUGGAGUAGACGCCUAACUCAGUUCUACUAUGUGCCUUAUGCUAUAACUUGGGAGAAAGUUUGUGAACUUCAGGAUAUAUGUGUUCUUUGUUAACUGAUUCACAUCCUUUUUGACGCCUCACUAGUUUUGUACUGUUUUGCAUCUUAUUUCCGAAGAUCUUUUUAUGGUGUAUCCUGUUAAAAAAGAAAAGA